UCUGGAUUGAUCUCUGUAUCUCUUUAUUCUUCAUAUUUUCUAUCUUCUACUUUCUGAAAGAUUUUCUUCCAACCUAUUAUUGAUCUGUUCAAAUUUUGAAAGUCAUGUAUUUGUUUUUCAAGAGUUCUAUUUUGUUUUUUGAGUAGGCUUUUGAAUAGCAUCUUUGUCUUAUUUUAUGGAUGCAAUACCUUUUCAAAUCUCUGGAAAUAUUUUCAAAUCUCUGCAUUAACCCUGUUUAAACUUCUAUAAAGCCUUUUUAAAAAAUUUUUGUCUUUCUCUCAUUAUACUGAAGGCAUCCUAUGUAUUACGUAUGGGAACCUCUGUGCACUGAAAAGCUGACUGGGCAUUCUGCGUACAUGAGCAAUGUUUGCCAACUGUCAGGUUGGGUAUAAUUAAUUAAAUACUAAGUUAGACAUUAUGAUGUGGAAACUCCCAACUCUCAAAACCUGGAGGUCUUUUUUCUGAUAUCACUCUUUAAAUUUUUUUUUUUUUCUUUUUGCUUGGGAUAAUAUCUUGUUGCUGAAUGGUCAGUCAGCAGAGGUGUGUGUACAUGUGGUUUUAUGUAUUUAUUUAUUUGUUUGUUUGUUGGGGGGUCAUUAUUCAGACGUUUAAGCCCUGCUGUUCUUAGUCCCUCAUUUCCAUCCUUCCAUCUGUAUCCUGUGUAUCAAUAUUCCAAGGUUCAGUUUUAUCCUGUUGCAUCAGUUACCACUGUAAAAUGAAAACCACAGGCCCAAAAUAGGCAUCACUUGGGCCAGGCUGAGUCACCAAACUGGGGCUUAAUACCUAACCUAACUGCAGAUGCAACCUCCCCCAGAAAUAGGUCUUAACCUGUCAAUCAGAAAUUUUCUGAACAGCACCAAUGAUGUAAUUUGUCACACAGGCCCUCUCCAUUCCUCAAAGGAAAAUUAAAUAAUCCACUUGAAAAGGUCCCCUUUCCUUCUUAAGGGAGGGCAACUUAGCCUGAAACAAUCCUUUGUUCUCUUUCGCUAAUAACUUUCCUGCCCCAUUCUCCUUUCUUUUCAUUUUUUUAAAAAUUGAAGUAUAGUUAAUAUGCAAUGUUACAUGAGUUUCAGGUGUACAACAUAGUGAAUCAACAGUUCUAUCCAUUAUAAUAUGCUCACCACAAGUGUGGCUACCAUCGAUCCUCAUACAAUGCUAUUGUGAUAUCAUUGACUAUAUUCUCUAUGCUGUGCCUUUUAUUCCUAUAAUUUAUUCAUUCUGUAAUAGGAAGCUUCUAUCUCCCAUUCCCUAUACCCAUUACGCCCAUCCCUAUCCCAUCCUCCUUUCCAUAGAAAGCUUCCAUUUUGUAAAACUCCUUCAAACUCCCCUUUACUUGGUAGAUGGGAUGCUGCCCAAUUCAUGAAUCACUUAAUAAAGCCAAUCACAUCUUCAGAUUUACUCAGCUGAAUCUUAACACCUCUCGUCUUCCAUCCAUAUUCCACCUUGCAGAAUUUUGUUGAAAUCUCUCACCCUCUGAUGGAUUCUUCUGCUCUUGUUACGGGUUUAUAUGUUCUUUUUAUUCCUUUACCAUAAUUUUGGUGGAGUCUUGAGGAAAGGAGAUAAAUAAACGUACUCAAUUUACCACCUUUAAGCAGACUGCUUAAUUUCAAGUGUUUGUGUUACAAACUCCCCUCCUAUCCCUGCAUAUUUGGUCUUGUGAAUCGUUGUAAUUUUCUAGAAGAAUAGAGAAGUGUUUCUGCAUAUUAUGGGAGUAAGGUUCACAUAUCCUUGGGUGGGUUAAAGUGUCCUACUGAAUAAUCUGGACUGGUGAAGAGAACUAAAGAUACUUCAGGCGCUGAGAUAAACUCUCCCUUCAUGACUUCAGAACUCUGGUUACUCAUUUACAACUGGGAUAAGAUAAAUGUUCAGUAUAAUAAUUAGAGAAGUUCUAUAAACCACUUGUAACAUUAAGUUUUUAUUCUACUACCAAACCAUGUUCCCGUAAACCUUUGGUUACCUCUAAAUUUCCAGUAUCUGGAAGAGAACAAGCUGUGGCAUCACCCACCCAGCCCCUCCUACACCCUACUCACUCACAAAGAAUUUCCCCUUUGAGCCACUGUAACACUGGCUGCUGACUCAUACCAGAUUCCUUAGGAUUGGCUGGGACUGCAAAUAAAACAUUGUUUGCCUAUAAUGAGGUCAAUAAGCUGCAACAUAAAGGCACACAGAUUCCCAGUGGUAAAACAGAACAUGAAGCGUUUGCUAUCUUCUUUCCUCUUAUUAUUUUCAGUCAAGACCUAGAGAGCAAACAUUCAACCUGGCCAAAAGAAAAGGUCUUUGAAGGGAGGAAAAAAAAAAAACACCCUAAAAUGGGUCUACUGAGUUCUAAAAACCCCAAAACCAAGCAAGCCCGGAUUCUUCUUCUGGGACUUGACUCAGCCGGGAAGUCUACACUCCUUUACAAAUUAAAGUUUGCUAAGGAUAUUACGACCGUCCCAACAAUAGGUUUCAACGUGGAGAUGAUCGAGUUGGAAAAGAGUUUUUCACUCACAGUCUGGGAUGUUGGAGGACAGGAGAAAAUGAGAACUGUGUGGGAGUAUUACUGUGAGAACACCGAUGGGCUGAUGUAUGUUGUGGAUAGUACGGACAAGCAGCGACUGGAAGACUCCAGGAGAGAGCUAAAGCACAUUUUGAAGAAUGAACACAUUAAAAAUGUGCCUGUUGUCCUGUUAGCCAACAAACAGGAUGUGCCUGGAGCUCUGACUGCCGAGGACAUCACCAGAAUGUUCAGAGUGAAGCAGCUCUGCAGUGACCGGAACUGGUAUGUACAGCCCUGCUGUGCCAUCACUGGGGAUGGACUGAUGGACGGGUUCAGGAAACUGACUGAAUUUGUGAAAAGCCAUGUGAAAUCAAGAGGAGACACUUUAGCAUUCUUUAGGUAGAACUGAGAUCCAAGCAGUGACAUACUGGUGAAGUUGAAAGGGUAACUUUUUUCCGAUGCCAAAUGAGAAAAGCAAGUUGCUGAGUUAGCAAACUUGUCCUAAGAUGUUAUUUCACCUAAAUUCAGCUAAAACAUAGAAUAAUAUCUAGACAAUAUUAUUUUUGGCCAGGCACUUUAGUAAACUAUGUGGUAAUGAUAGUUGAGAAUGAAAAUUUUAUAAUUUUGUAUAUGUUGGAUUUAUGUAUGAAUCAGAAUAAUCGUGUUUGGGACCAAAUAAAUUAUUGCUUUAUUGUUUUUAUAUGACAACUAGAACAAAGUUUAAGUAAACUGCUUAGAGGGUCAGAAUUCUUUCAGAUGGUUUCCAGCUAUUGAAUUUCUAUCACACUCCUGUAGAAUAGUUAGUAAAAAAUAGAACUUUAAAUUAUGGAGAGGAAAAAGUUUGAUGUUAACAUCUUGUAAAUCCCUAUACUUAAAUGAAGAUUUUUUCUGGAUUCCUGCAAACUCUUAGAAAUCUAUUGGUGGGAACUUCUGACAGUGAGUCAAAUAAGGAACUUCAGGCUGUUAAUUGCCCAGAAACAUAGGGAGACGUUUAUCUCUUAAAGUUCUGGGGGUCAGGCUAGCUAGCACCUUAGAGUUUAGGACAAGGUCUGGGUUUUACUCAGCUUGAGGUUAUAGGCCCAAGAUGGGCUUACAUAGAAUUCAAUAGAAUAGUCCGUACUUGGGAAUAUAUGUACAGCUCACAGCACUGAUCAAAAAGGAACCAGAGCCAGACAUUAAACUCAGGAGACUUUGCAAUUCAUAGGAGGAAACAACAUAAAGCUAGUAGCUAGAAUAAGGCAAUAAGUAUGUGCUAUAACAUGAGUGACUCUUUCUGACCUGGGAAAACAGGAAGUGCUUCAUGUAGGAGGUAGUUUUUAAGAUGGUUCCCAGCUCCUAGGGACCCAUGAAGGUGGAGGUUUGUCACUGGAAGCUCCCAUCACUAGAAGACCCUGAAGACAUUAUAGGGGAGGAGAAAAGGAAUUGGGGUUUGAACUGAAAUUCCCCUGACAGGCUCAGAACUCCCAGGGAGGUCCUGGUACUAACAAAUGACACUUUCUUCCUGCCUAACCUCUAACAAAGCUCAUUUGGGCUAGAAGAAGCAGGCCUCAAGCCCCAACAGCAGCUCCCUGGGCUCUAAAUCUUAAGGUCACAGAGGAAAAUAAAUGUUCAAGGGUGCUAGCCCCUGAAUUCCUCUUAUCGUUUCCUUCUCUCAUCCUAGCCAUGAUCUUUAUAGCAAAGAUCUGAAUGCUGCAUGUAGGGAUUCAAAUUUAAAAAGGAGAUACAAACAUAGUAACAGUUAUCAUCGGUUGAAUGCUUGUCUGUGCCACGUGUUGUCUGAUCACUUUCAUACAUCUCAUUUAAUGUUGACAACUGCCCUGAGAGAAAUUAGCAUUAUUAUGUCAAUUUUACAGAGGAGAGUACUGAGAUUAAACAAAGUAACAAUAACAACCACACAAAAACUACUCUGUUUUUUCACUGAGAAGUGGCAGAGCCAAGAUUCAAACUCAUCUGUCUAACUUCAAGGCCAGUACUCUUAAUUGUCAUAGUGUUCUGUAAAUAAGGUAUGCUGUCCAUCUUCUAUGAGCUUACUAUACAUAAUUAAGAAUAGAGCCAGGCUAGGGGCACCUGGCUGGCUCAGUUGGUGGAGCAUACGACUCUUGAUCUCUGGGUUGUAAGUUUGAGCCACAC